AUGCGUGGCGUCGCGAGCGCCGAGGACGCCGACUUCGAAGCGCGCUGCGCGGCCAUGAAGACCUGGAUGGGAUCCGAGCGCUUCAAGCACACCACUCGCCCCUACAAGGUCGAGGACGUGGUGAAGCUCCAGGGCACCAUGCCCAUGUACUUCAACGGCGCCAAGGUCUCCGACAAGCUCUACAAGAUGCUCCGGGACCACCAGGCCAAGGGAACCUGCUCCCACACCUUCGGGGCGCUGGACACCGUGCAGGUCACGCAGAUGGCCAAGUACCUGACCUCGGUGUACGUCAGCGGUUGGCAGUGCUCCUCCACCGCCUCCACUUCCAACGAGCCUGGCCCAGAUGUGGCGGACUACCCCUAUGACACUGUUCCCAACAAGGUGGACCAGCUCUUCCGCGCACAGCUCUUCCAUGACCGCAAGCAGUAUGAGGAGCGCCGCCGCAUGUCGCCCGACGAGCGUGCCAAGGCACCCGUUGUGGACUACAUGAACCCCAUCAUUGCAGACGCGGACACCGGCCAUGGCGGACUUACCGCCACCAUGAAGCUUGCGAAGAUGUUCGUUGAGAACGGGGCUGCUGGCAUUCACAUCGAGGACCAGAAGCCGGGCACCAAGAAGUGCGGCCACAUGGGCGGCAAGGUCUUGGUCUCCACACAGGAGCACAUCCAGCGCCUCAUUGCGAUCCGCCUCCAGGCCGACGUGCUCAACUCGCCUCUGGUCAUCGUGGCGCGCACUGACGCGGAGGCGGCCACGAUGAUCGACACGAACAUCGAUCCGAUCGACCACCCCCACAUCAAGGGCGCCACCGUCAAGGGCGUGGAGCCCCUCUAUGAGGCCAUGCGCAAGGGCACCGACAAGGACUGGGAGGAGCGAUCCGGAUGCAUGACUUUCCCGGAUGCCGUUGCCAAGGCCAUGAAGGCCAAGGGCCAGGACCCGGCCAAGUGGCUGCAGGAUUCCCGCAAGAUGUCUUUGGACCAGAUGAAGAAGGCGGCCUCUGGCAUGGGCCUGGAGGUCUUCUUCGAUUGGGAUGCCGCCCGGUCCGUGGAGGGCUACUACCGAAUCAAGGGCUCCACCGAGUUCUGCAUCGAGCGCGCCAUUGCCUUUGCCCCCUAUGCUGACUGCAUCUGGAUGGAGACCGGCAAGCCGAUCCUGGCGCAGGCCACGCAGUUCGCGAAGGAGGUCCGCGGCGCAGUGCCUCACCAGAUGCUUUCUUACAACCUUAGCCCGUCCUUCAACUGGGACACCGCCGGCAUGACCGAUGCUCAGAUGGAGUCCUUCAUUUGGGACCUGGCCAAGCUCGGCUUCUGCUGGCAGUUCAUCACCUUGGCAGGCUUCCACUGCGAUGCUUUGAACAUUGACCUCUUCGCCAAGGAGUAUGCCAAGCGAGGUGCGGCCGCGUACGUGCAGAUGAUCCAGCGCAAGGAGCGCGAGCACAAGGUGGAGACCCUUACCCACCAGAAGUGGAGCGGCUCUGAGAUCGUGGACGAGAUGGGCAACAUCGUCAGCGGCGGACUUUCCUCCACCGGCAUCAUGUCGGCCGGAGCACCAUUUCUUCUCUCAAUCUGGUUUGUGUCGCACCUUUUGAACGGCCUCCGAUUUCGAGACACAGGUAUCUUCGUCAUGGCGAACCGUGUGGCCAUCAUUGAGAAGCACGUCCUGGCCAGCGCAACUUGGCCAGGCAGCCAAGAAGGCGUUUCGAGCUCCCCUGUGCCCCCGAUGGGUCCACGACAGCGCGGGCGGCUGCUGCUCGCGGCUUGCGCUGCGCUCGGCUCGCACCCUCUGGCCCCGGCGAGCGUUAGGCAGAUGGCAGGCGUCGCAGCACCCAAAGCUGCCUGGGCCUGGAGCUGGUGGAGGUCCAUAGGCAGUCCCAGAUGGGUUUGCUCACCGAUGGUUGACCAGUCAGAGAGGGCCUUUCGAAUCCUCUGCAGACAAUAUGGGGUCCAGCUGGCCUACACCCCGAUGAUCCACGCCGAGCCCUUCGCCUCAGACGAGGAGUACCGCAGGACGUACUUCGACGCCUGGGACGCAGCGGAUCUUGGGCCUGCGAAAGACGUGGACCGGCCCCUCAUCGCACAGCUGGGCGGGGAUGAUCCGCACACCUUGCUGCGCGCGGCGCGUAUACUGGAGCCCCACGUGGAUGCGGUGGACAUCAACUUCGGCUGCCCGACGGAGGACGCCCGCAAGGGCGGUCACAAGACCCACUCGCCUCUGUGUCGUCGAUAUGGAGCGUAUCUACUGCGCGAUCCUCAGCUUGUGGCCAAGAUCGUGGGGACUGUGGCAGCUGGAUUGAGAAGGGUCCCGGUCACCGCCAAGAUUCGACUGUUGCAAAAACGUGACGACACGGCGCAGCUAGCCAUGGCCAUUGAGCAAGCUGGGGCAGCCGCGCUGUGUGUACAUGGCCGAACGAUUGUCCAGCGCCCAAAGUACGCGAAGCGAGAUGGCUUGGGCGAAGCAAGCUUGGCCCCGAACUGGGGAGCCAUUGCCGAGGUGCGGAGGUCCGUCGGCAUUCCCGUGAUCGCAAACGGUGGCAUCGAGACCAAGCGCGAUGCGGCUGCCUGCCUUGAGCAGACGGGGGCAGCCGCAGUAAUGUCGGCCGAGGCGUUGCUGGAGGAUCCUGCUCUGUUCGACGACCCCCCCAUGGAGGCUCAAGAUCACCAAGAUCCCAAGGCUGAUGUCGCGCGGAUGCUUCGACUUGGGCGAGAGUUUCUGGACCUAGCGGAGACGUUCACCUGUCCGCUCAAGUACCCCCCGACGAAGUCCCACCUCUUCAAGAUCCUGCAUCGACUGAUCGGCGCGGACCAGGCCACGGCGCGGCGCAAGGAUGCCGCGGGGCUCCUGCUCUCCAAGAAGGAGGAGCUGAAGCUGGAGCUGAUGCGCUGCCCCGUCUCCGACUUCUCAGCGAUCAGGCGGGCGCUGGACGUGAUCGAGGCGAGCUAUGCCCAGGACUUUGAGCCUUUGGGUGAGUCAUGGUACCGUCGCUGGAGAGCGGAAGAAAAACUCGCCGUUGUGCCGGGCGUGUCCCAACUGCUGCGGUCAUCUGCUGUCAAGUGCAAUGAGUGUGGUAUAACCUGUGCUCCAGUCUGGGGGCAAGGAAGCUUGGCCGAGUAUGAGUUAGCUGAGGAUGCUGCCGUCUCCGGUGGCCUCGAGAUGCGUGGCGUGGCCAGCGCUGAGGACGCCGACUUCGAUGCCCGCGUGGCGGCCAUGAAGACCUGGAUGGGAUCCGAGCGGUUCAAGCACACCACUCGACCCUACAAGGUCGAGGAUGUGGUGAAGCUCCAGGGCACCAUGCCCAUGUACUUCAACGGUGCCAAGGUCUCCGACAAGCUCUACAAGAUGCUCCGGGACCACCAGGCCAAGGGCACCUGCUCGCACACCUUCGGAGCCCUCGACACCGUCCAGGUCACGCAGAUGGCCAAGUACCUGACCUCGGUGUACGUGAGCGGCUGGCAGUGCUCCUCCACUGCUGCCACCUCCAACGAGCCGGGCCCCGAUGUGGCGGACUACCCUUACGACACCGUGCCCAACAAGGUGGACCAGCUCUUCCGCGCGCAGCUCUUCCAUGACCGCAAGCAGUAUGAGGAGCGCCGCCGAAUGUCGCCCGAGGAGCGCUCCAAGGCAGCUGUCGUUGACUACAUGAACCCCAUCAUCGCGGAUGCGGACACCGGCCACGGCGGCCUCACGGCCACCAUGAAGCUUGCGAAGAUGUUCAUCGAGAACGGUGCCGCGGGCAUCCACAUCGAGGACCAGAAGCCGGGAACCAAGAAGUGCGGACACAUGGGCGGCAAGGUCCUGGUCUCCACCCAGGAGCACAUUCAGCGAUUGAUUGCCAUCCGCCUGCAGGCGGAUGUGUUGAACUCGCCCUUGGUCAUCGUGGCGCGUACGGAUGCUGAGGCUGCCACCAUGAUCGACACCAACAUUGAUCCGAUCGACCACCCCCACAUCAAGGGCGCCACCGUCAAGGGCGUGGAGCCCCUCUAUGAGGCCAUGCGCAAGGGCACCGACAAGGACUGGGAGGAGCGAUCCGGAUGCAUGACUUUCCCGGAUGCCGUUGCCAAGGCCAUGAAGGCCAAGGGCCAGGACCCGGCCAAGUGGCUGCAGGAUUCCCGCAAGAUGUCUUUGGACCAGAUGAAGAAGGCGGCCUCUGGCAUGGGCCUGGAGGUCUUCUUCGAUUGGGAUGCCGCCCGGUCCGUGGAGGGCUACUACCGAAUCAAGGGCUCCACCGAGUUCUGCAUCGAGCGCGCCAUUGCCUUUGCCCCCUAUGCUGACUGCAUCUGGAUGGAGACUGGCAAGCCGAUCCUGGCGCAGGCCACGCAGUUCGCGAAGGAGGUCCGCGGCGCAGUGCCUCACCAGAUGCUUUCUUACAACCUUAGCCCGUCCUUCAACUGGGACACCGCCGGCAUGACCGAUGCUCAGAUGGAGUCCUUCAUUUGGGACCUGGCCAAGCUCGGCUUCUGCUGGCAGUUCAUCACCUUGGCAGGCUUCCACUGCGAUGCUUUGAACAUUGACCUCUUCGCCAAGGAGUAUGCCAAGCGAGGUGCGGCCGCGUACGUGCAGAUGAUCCAGCGCAAGGAGCGCGAGCACAAGGUGGAGACCCUUACCCACCAGAAGUGGAGCGGCUCUGAGAUCGUGGACGAGAUGGGCAACAUCGUCAGCGGCGGACUUUCCUCCACCGGCAUCAUGUCGGCCGGAGUCACGGAGAAGCAGUUCUGA